UCAGCCGUGCAGAGCCGCGGCUGAAGGCGCGCAGGCGGGCUCCGGCUCCGGACGAUGCGGCUCUCCUAGGAUGCUGCUGCGCCUGGCAGUGCUUCUGACGGCGCUUCUCAGCCUAUACCCUGGUCCGGGCGCGAACGGGUCUGAACUGCCCAGUCCUUCAUCCGUGUGGUUUGAAGCAGAAUUUUUCCAUCACAUGCUCCGCUGGACACCUGUUCCCCAACACUCCCAAAACAGCUUUUAUGAAGUGGAACUCCUGAAGUAUGGAACAGAUCUCUGGAAGGUCAUCACCAACUGCAGCCAACCCGUGGCAUCCUCUUGUGACAACUGCAGCCAGCCCUUGGCAUCCUCUUGUGACAUCACCUUCAUGACCCUGGACCUAUACCACAGCAACGGUUACCGGGCCAGAGUCAGGAUGGUGGAUGGCAACUUGUGCUCCCCCUGGACCUUCUCCAACAUUCGCUUUACCAAGGAUGAAGUGACUCUGACAGUUGGCAGUGUGAAACUUGAAAUGUACGACAACUUCAUCCGGGGCAAGAUCCAACUGCCCAGACCCCCUGUGAUGGCCCCUAAAAAUGAUACUUACGAAAACAUCUUCAAACACUUUCGCGAGUAUGAGAUUGCCAUCCGCAAGGUGCCAGGAAACUACACGUUUCCCAACAAGAAGGUUGGAGAGGAAAACUUCAGCCUCCCUGUCCCUGGAGAGGAGGGCACAUUCUGUGUCAAGGUGAAACCCUCCGUGAGCACCCGUGUGAACAAGGCGCUGUGGUCUAAGGAGGAGUGCAUUGUCCUCUCCAAGCAGUAUUUCAACGUGGUCAACCUCACCUUCUGCUUUACUUUCUUCCUGCUGCUCUGCGGAGCCCUGGCCUACUGCCUGGCCAUCCAGAUGUAUGUGCGGCGCCGGGGAAAGCUGCCCACCGUUCUGGUCUUCCGGGAGCACAGGCCCUUCAACCUCGUCAGCCCACUUCCCUAUCCGGGCACCCAAGACAUCAUACACCCGCUGGACACACAGUCCUUCCUGAAGGUAUUACCAGGACCGAGGUCCUCACGCCUGCAUAGCAAUGCGGACAGUGACUUUGGCGGCGCCGAGCUGGCCCUGCAGGCUGAAGAGUCCCAGUUUGUGCUCCCAACAGCUCCGGCCCAUGCAGGUGGGCACCUGGAGCUCCAAGACAGCUGCAGUCAUGGCAGCAGCACCAGCACCAGCACCGACAGCGGGAUCUGCUUACAGGAGCCCAACCUGAGUCCUGGCACCCAGCCUGCCUGGGAACCGCAGAUGGGGAAUGCCAGCCAUGGCCAAGACGACAGUGGCAUUGGCUUUGUCCAGAAUGCUGAGGGACUGCCUGGGGACACACAGAGUGGCUCAUCCUCGGGCCACAUCAGUGCUCCAGGGCCUGAGGAGCCUGAGGAGGAAAACUCAACCAUGGCGGCAUUCCAGGGCUACUUGAAGCAGACAAGAUGCCCUCAGGAGAAGGCAACCGAAGAAGGCUUCCUGGAGGAAGACUCCCCUUUGACUCCAAAUGGCCUUAGCCCCAAAAUCAGGACCUGCUCGGAUGUUGAGGCAGGCUGGCCUGCAUUAGUCCGGGCCAAGGGCUAUUUGCGACAGGAUCCUGCGGAAAGCACCACUCCUGCUCCCUUCAAGGCCCCAGCUACACAGUGGAAGCAUCCAGCAGAGGAGUGGUCGCUGCUGGACUUGACAGGCUGCAAUGAGCUAGGGACAUCUGACUGGAACUGUACGCACCAGUUUGCCACCUCAGACUUUGUGGCAACCAUGGGUGGUCUCCUGGGCAACUUUGACUCAGAUCUGGUAGCUCUACCACUCAUCUCUAGCCUGCAGUCAAAUGAGUGACCUGGCCCAGGGGACCGCUUCUGAUGCCAGUCCUGCACCUGGAGGAGGAGGAGCCCCAGGGCUUGGAUGUGAAGUGUACCGCCAGGCUGGGUGCUUUGCAGCAAGCCUGCUAGCCCUGACUGGGCACUGUGGAGCAGGAGGCUGCAGGGCCUAACUGGCAUGGGGUACACAAUAGGG